CAAUACAAUACAACCAGGUUUGAACAUUAUUUUAAUUAGUAUUAUUUUAUUUUGACUAUAUUAAUGUUUGACAUUGUUGUUUAAUUUGACUGUUUUAAUUUUAAUUUUAUAUUAUCAUUUAUUUACUUUUACAGGAGGUCAAAAUAAAUAGUCGAUGCUCCAGCAAAAAACUUAGACAUCUACUUGAUGAGCUAAGUGAUGAAAAGAAGAGUAUAAUUCAACAUAUUGGCUUUGGUGGAUUACUUCAGCUCUCUUCCAUAGAGAUAAGGCAUAGUUUAUGUAGAUGGAUAAUAACUCAUUUCAAUAUAGCCUGUAGGUUAGACAUAGGACAAGAAAGGCAAUUUCCAAUAACUUGUUCUGAUGUAGGUGAAAUUCUGGGUAUUCCAUAUAUUGGUAGGAGGCUCCUACGUUCACCUACCAAUAGGAAUAAUAGGAUGGAAAACCUAUCAGAUCUUAGAGAUAGGCUGAUUUUAAUGGAAGACAUGGCCGAGUUCAAAAAAUUGUUUAUCUUCUUCUCAUGUGCUACAUUACUUGCUCCAACAUCAAAGUUGGAUGGUAGUCAUGAGUUGUGGUGUACUUUGCUUGCUGGAGACUUUGACAUCAAUGUUAAUUGGGGUCAAUUUGUACUUGACACACUGGUUGCUGGAAUUAGACAUUUUCGAUUGGGUAAAGGCUCAUGGUUUACAGGUUGCCUUAUUUUUUUACAGCUUUUUUAUGUAAAUAAAUUUUACAUUCCAACCAUGUUGGUACCACGUACCAUCCCAAUAUGUGCAGCGUGAACUGAUGACUUGAUGAAGAAAAGGGUGCAUGCGGAAUUGCAUGAUUAUGGUGAUUUUGGACUAGCUGAUGUUCAAGAAGAUGAAAGGGAGGAAGAUGCACAUGAAGACCCUGGUAAUCCAGUAAAUGAAGUUGAAGAAGAGACUACUGAUGAAAUUAUAGCAGAAUAUAAUGCAGCAGAGAGACAAAUUCACCAAUUGCUUCGAACAAUGAGAGGAGCAAUUAGUAAACUAGCAAAGCGGCAGAAUACAAAUAAAACCCCAUCAUCUUCUCAUCAAAGCAGAAGUCAUAAUCAACCUGAUAUCAAUGAUUCUUUCCCAUCACCACCACAUGCUUAUGGAUCGCCACUGAAUGAUCAUUUUGCUGAUGGUGAAGAUAAUGUAGGCUCAUCAACCUCACAGCCAGCAGCGCAGCAUAGCAAUAUACUUUCUACUUCUUUAUGUUUUAAUAUCAAAAUAAUAAUGAGUAUAUAAUAAUGGCUAGUAUUUCCUGUGCGUGUUAUUUUCAUUAGUGAAUUUUAUUUUCUAUACAUAUAGUUGAGGAUGAAGUUCAAAUGAAUGCUAUUAUUCCUUACGAGACUGGACAUCCUCCAAUACGUUCAUAUCAGCUACGUCGACAUGCUACUACCCUACAAUCACCAUACGUGGUACAACCGUCAAUCAAAUUUUCAGCGUCUUCAUCUGUAGCAAAGCAAGUUUUGGCAUAUGCAUUGGAUGAUACACGUGAUGAAAGGUAAGGUUGAACUUAAUUUAGUAUAAACAAAUACAAUUAAGAUAGGCAAUUGAAAUAAUUAGU